UAUCGCCCUUGAUUCUUAUCAGUGACGUAGUAGUCUCUGCCCUCUCCCCUCAGAAUUUCCUCCACCAUGAGAGUGAUCAUUCGAGAAACCAAGUUCGAAGCCUCCGAAUACAUUGCGGAUUAUAUCAUCCGUCGCAUCAAGUUAUUCAAGCCAACUGAAGAUCGGCCUUUUGUGCUGGGGCUCCCAACAGGCAGCAGCCCGGAAAUUAUCUACAAGACUCUUGUGCGCCGGCACAGGAACGGCGAAAUCUCAUUCAAAAAUGUCGUGACAUUUAACAUGGACGAAUACGUUGGACUGCCCCGUGAUCACCCCGAGUCCUACCACAGCUUUAUGUAUAAGCACUUUUUCUCCCAUGUGGACAUUCCGCCCCAGAACAUCAACAUUCUUGACGGAAAUGCACCUGAUCUCGCGGCCGAGUGUGCGUCUUUCGAGGCCCGGAUUGCUCGGUAUGGUGGCAUCGAGCUCUUCCUGGGUGGCGUGGGACCAGAUGGGCAUAUCGCCUUUAACGAACCAGGAUCCUCCUUGAGCAGUCGCACCCGCGUCAAGACCCUGGCCUAUGAUACGAUCUUGGCCAAUUCACGAUUCUUCGGAAACAAUUUGGAUCAGGUGCCACGAAGGUCGCUAACUGUGGGUAUCCAAACUAUCUUGGAUGCUCGCGAAGUCGUUAUCGUGGCUACAGGUGCCCACAAGGCCCUUGCUGUGGAGAAGGGUCUUGAAGGUGGUGUUAAUCAUAUGUGGACGCUGUCAGCGCUGCAGCUGCACCCGUAUGCCUUGAUCGUCUGCGACCGGGAUGCAACGCUGGAGCUCAAGGUCAAAACGGUUCGCUACUUCGAAUCCAUCGAACAAUCUGGCACAGAUGCACGUACCCAAGGCCCGCCUCUUGUCUACCGACCCAGGACAUACGUUCCUGCACCGGUGGGAGUUGGUAAAGUUCACCAGCCACAUGCUACUUCCGAAAUGGCCCCCCAGAAAACACCUAAAGACCUUCGAAUUAACACGGAGCUUCACUCGCUGAUGGAAGAUGACGAGCUCACGCCGGAUAGCAUGUCUUCACGGAUGGUCGACUCGGCGAUUGGUGGGCUGGACUCGACUCUGAAGGGAGAUUUGUUUUUUGACCACAUGGGCUCGCGGGUCGUCUCGCAUUGACUGGGAGAAAUGUGGGGUGAUUUCCGUGGCCGCUAAUUUUCUAUGGAACCGAGACAGUAUUCACUUGGUUUCGACUUGCUGGUAGAUGGAGCUGGCGCUAAGAUGAUCGUAGCUUGCCUGGCACAGAGAUGUCAUUUGUUUGGAACGCACUGACCUUUCAUCACUGGCAUCUGUCUUGCGAAAUUGAUAUCUAGAUGUUUUGUCUCUGGUAUGCAUUGGGAAUUAUUGCUUAUGCGCGGGUCCCGAGAGUUUAUAGAUCGUUUGCCAUGGCGUUAGUUGCUGAACCACCAUAGACUGGAUUUGGGAUAGUAUCAAUGACGAAUAAUGCAUCAUACCUGCAAUGAUAUAAAUGCGUGAUAUGUAUGUUGUAUAUACAAGGACCAGU